GUGGAGGCGAGGGUGGGCGAGGGAGGGCGAAGGGUGCUUGUGGCGCGGCGUCGGCCACACCUCGCGCGUGGCUGUGCGCGGGUUGCACCUGAGCCUCUGGCAAUCGGACAGAGGCGGGUCUGUCCAGGAACACUCGUGCACGUGGACCUGCGGGUCGCUGUCUUUGGGGGAGAACUAACUGGGUUGUAAACUAAGCUACCGGGGUUCGCUCCUUGCAGAGGAUGUGGCCCACACCUUUUCAGCAACCAGAGUUGUAAACCGCAGAGAACACUCUUGAAUUUUUUUUUUUAAAAGCUCAACAAGGGGACAGGGUGACAGUAGAUCGCUAUUGCAUUUCAGGCCCCUACCCCACUGGGUAGCAGUGGCCUGUCCCCUCCAAAGACCUUAGAAAUGAAAGUUUUUUUUUUUUCCCUGUCCCUCAGCUGUGUCCGUGAUUCAGUUUCUCUAGGUUUCGUUGAGCCACACGCUGGAUCCUGUGUUUCUCCAUCUACCACACAAGGAAUGUGAGCCUAAUAGUGAGAGAAUCUGAGCAGUGUGUGUUCUCGCUUUGGGAAGUGACCAAGUUCACUCUUGGAUACUAGUUACAAGCCAAGUCAUUAGUGCUGCCUGGAGAAUAGCAAGGGCCUCUGCGAUGGCGGUGCUCUCUCUUCUGUCAGCUACCCUUGGCUACUUCAGAAGCCUGUAUAUAUACUUAGGGCAUCAGCUGAAAUGGUGGAUUGGCUAUCUACAGAGAAAGUUCAAAAGAAACCUCAGUGUGGAGGCAGAAGUAGAUUUACUCAGUUAUUGUGCAAGAGAGUGGAAGGGAGAAACUCCUCGUGCCAGACUGAUGAGGAAGGCCUAUGAGGAGCUGUUCUGGAGGCACCGUAUUAAAUGUGUUCGACCAGUAAAGAGAGACAACUACGAUGCUCUCAGGUCUGUGUUGUUCCAGAUCUUCAGCCAAGGCCUCUCUUUCCCAUCAUGGAUGAAGGAAAAAGACAUCGUUAAGCUUCCUGAAAAACUGCUCUUUUCUCAAGGCUGUAACUGGAUCCAGCAGUACAGUUUCGGGCCUGAGAAGUACACAGGUUCCAACGUGUUUGGAAAGUUACGGAAAUGUGUGGAGUUACUGAAAUUGCAGUGGACUGAGUUUAGUGGGAUGAGAGAUUACCACAAGAGAGGGAGCAUGUGUAACAGCCUCUUCUCCGAUGCCAUCCUGGAGUGUAAACUGUAUGAAGCGUUGAAGUUCCUCAUGCUCUACCAGGUCACAGAAGUGUAUGAGCAAAUGAAGACCAACAAGAUUAUCCCCAGCCUUUUCAGACUCCUGUUUUCCCGGGAGUCCUCAUCGGAUCCUUUGAGCUUCAUGAUGAAUCACCUGAAUUCCAUAGGCGACACGUGUGGUUUGGAUCAGAUUGACAUGUUUAUACUCGGGUAUUCUCUUCACAUAAAGAUAAAAGUGUUCCGACUGUUCAAGUUUAACUCCAGAGACUUUGCAGUCUGCUACCCUGAGGAGCCUCUCAGGGAGUGGCCAGAGAUCUCCCUGCUGACUGAGAAUGACCACCAGUACCACGUUCCCGUCUUUUAAGUCUGCCGUGGACUGAACAUCAGCUCUUCUCAGUGACAGUGGACAUACUUGCAGAAAAGCACUCCUGAAAAACCCACGGUGGUGCUUCAGCCAAGGAGGGCUCCGCAACGGGUGGAAAGAGCCAGGGUGGUUCGUCUUCUGUUUCAGUGAUGUCCUCCAGGGCAGCACACAUUGGUGACUUGGUGUGUUGACUUUGUCCAUUGAGGGAUCUGCUGAGUUGGGGCUUUAAGACGUGGGGAAACUUACUAUGGACAAAAAUUGGAAGUGACACAACCUGAGCAGCAGGAAUUGUUUUUAUCUCUAAUCUUCAUGUUCUUUGGUAAGAAUCUCUCUGUGGAUUUGGAACAAUCAUAAAUAAAUAGGGCAAGUUUUACAAGCAU